AUGGCGGUGGUGAGCCUACUCCUCACCCACUCCACCCCAACGGCUAGCUCUGUAAACAGUAGGGACUUUGCACGAAUCCUCCAAUUAACAGAGCAGCUAAUUCCCCAGCGUGGCUUCCUAGGGCUCCAAGGGACAGCAAAAGGUUUCCAAGACCCCCAGCUCAGGUCGUUCUGGGCGGUGCUCCUCUCAGGCUCAUGGGAGAACUUGCCAAACAGGGAAACUGAGGCCCAGACCACCCAAGGACUCGCUCAGGGGGUGUGGCCUCCAGCUAAUCUGGCAGGAAACAUAACUAAUCCAGCAAACAUAGCUGGAUCUUGGAUUCACCUGGGUCCCUCAGGCCAGCCAAGCCCACCCCCAGAGAUCCUGGGAGGCCUCACUGCUGAGCGUGGAUUCUCCCAAAGGAGGCCUCUCCCUGUCCCCAGGCUGUACAGCCCCUCAGCUCAGCAGAAAGCAAAGAACCAGACUGCGAGUCCAUCGAGGAAGUCCAGGCCUCUGAGAUGCUCCCCGAAGCUGCAACCCUGCAACCCGAGGGAAGGGUUAACAGGAAGCGCCUGGCGUCCUGCGGCUACAGAAGCCCAUUGUUCUCAGCCAGUCCCCUCCCCCUCAUCCAGGAAGACCCUCUGGGGAGCCCCUUCAAAAGGGCCUGACCGGUGUCUCCAGGCUGCUGGCCAGCCUGUCGGGGAGAGUGAGCACAGGAAAAGGAAGCCCGCCGGGCGCGGGCUGGGGCACAGCUGUCACCGCCGCCUCGUCUCAGGGGGUUUCCGAGGAAGGGGGGUGCUCAGCCUUGCCCGCCCCUGGGUGGGGGCAGCCCUCCUUGCAGUCCCCAUCUGGAAGCCAGAAAACUUUGAUCUGGAGCCUUUAGUUACAGACCCCGAGCGCCUGGCCCCGGACUCAAAUUUCCUCGCGAAGAUCAAGUCCCGUCCUCGCCCCGCCUGGCCAAGAGCUGCGUCUCCACCGUCUCGGACGCGCGGACCUCGCCCAGGUUCCCGGAACCCGGCAAACCGGUCUGGGUGCUGCUUCUGGGGCCCUGCCCUUUCCCAGCGGGGCGCCGGUCCGGCACAGCGGAGAGGGGAGGGGAUCUCCGGACGGCGGGCACGGCGAGAGCUGGCUCUGCUUGCUCUCCGGCAGGGCGAUCCUCUCUGGCCUCAGUUUCCCGAUCCGUCAAAAGUGGAUCAAAGAAGCGAUCUCAAAGGAGAGUUGCAAAUGCAUCAUCCAUUCACAAAAACCACUUAGCAGAGCACCUGCUGGACUCGUUUCUGCCCUCGCAUGGAGGCCAUAGGCUAGAAGAGACAACCCCAGAAACAAAUGUAAAACUGCAACUGUGCUACUAUUAAAAGAAAAAUAAAAUUUUUUUAAGUACGUCUUGAUCGGAGUGUCAGUAAACAGAGGCCCAAAAUGGGGAACAUUUGUAGCUUUGUCUCUCUUCUAGAAGCAGAAUUUUCCUAACUCCGAAACAGUGAGCAAAGUGACUUAGCGCUGAUAUUUAAAUAUGACAAUGAAUCUCUCCAUUUCUCUUUUUAGAUUUCAGUCUUCACCUAGUCAUAGGCCUCUUGCUAUGGUAAUAAUGUGUCUCUAACUCUUGAUAAUCUCCCUUCCUAAUUAAUAAAGCUGUGAGGACCCUCAU